ACCUCAAGUGAUCCACCUGCCUUGGCCUCCCAAAGUGCUGGGAUUACAGGCGUGAGCCACCGCACCCGUUCAACAAAUCGAUACUUUUAGAGCAUCUUGACAUACAUUGCCAUAUUAAUUUCCAGAAAGACCCAACAAACCCAUUGAUUUUCCUGAGCCAAGUGAGAGCUGAAGUUUUGAAAGAGCUGGAGUAUUAGAAUGCAGGACAGUGGUCCCGUCUCUCCUUCUCUUCCCUGGUGUUAAAAGUUAACUGUUCAGCAAAAGAAGGGACAGAAUUCCAAGUCAAAAGGUACGGGUCUACAGCCUAGCACCUAAUGCCGAGGUCUGACUGGCUUUGGGACCCUGAAGCCAGCCUUGGUUCUCCUCAUCUGUAAAAUGGGUAUAGUGUGAUUAGGUCUGCUCUGCUGACUACCCCAAGCAGUGUCCACGCUCGCUGAAAACGUGUUUGAGAAAGUUCGAUGCCUUGUGUUAAAGGGCACUAUUGUUAUCCUUCCUGAAGGAAUUUAGUAGGUCUGAGGGCCCAGGAGGACCCAGCAGUGUCUUCCAGAGGUCAGAGACAACAUUGGAAGCUCCAAGACAGGAAUGGCAGGCUCGGAACGGGGAGACUGGGCCUAGGGCCACCCUGAGGGUGCUGAGUGGAUCUGGGCCGACGGAGAGCAAAGACAUUCCUGGUAAAUGUCCCUCUGUUUCAAGGCUGCCAGCCCCUCUUUUCUAGGGCUCUGACUGGAUAUCUGGUCUUUGGGAAAACCAGAAAUCAAACGAAUUCAAAGGAUGCGGAAAGUCAACGGCUACAAAGGACCCCAGGAACCAGCAGCUCUGAGCCUUUAUUCCAGUCUGCUGUUAGCCUGUCCUGAAUUUUUAAAACUCUCCCAUUGGAAAUGCAACUAGUGCUCCCAGCCUGGUCUGUCCAGCCCUAGGGCCGAUGAAAAGGAGACCGACCGAGGUGCCUCCCUGAAGACGGACGACCCAAGCUUCCCUCCUCACUCCUCACUUCGCUAUUGACCUGGCAAACGUCCUUUCCCACUUCUUCAGGCUCGCCUAACACCAUGGCCUAAGGGCACUCCACUGACGUUCCCAGUGCCAGCAGACAGAACUGCGCAGACCCCGCGGGACGCCAUCCUCCAUCACCAUCAUCGCCGGCUGCCCUACACCCCCAGCCCACUCCACAGGCAGAGGUGCAUCUCCGGCCUCCAGACCCGCACAACAGAUUUCAGGAGUCCCUCAAACAUCUGGGCUGUCAUCCUUCAGAGAGGCUGGAACUGAGACACAAGGAGAGACCUAGUAACCUCGGAGAGUUAGGAGAAGCAGUGAUUUCAAAUGCAUGUCAGUCACACGUCACACGUCACACGGAAGAAGGGCGGGGGGAAAGCCAUGCAGGUGUGGGCGUGGCACUUGAGCAGCCUCUCCCAUGGGCACCCAGUGGUUAAUGCACAUGGUUAGCACGUCUCCAAGGGAGGCCAUCUCCUUCCACUAUCCCUUUAAUGGCAAAUGCUGGAAUAUGGUUGAAGACUCCUCUCAAGGGUCUCCUCUUCCAGGAAGCUUUCAGGUGCCCCUUCUGGCUCCUCCUAGCCUGAAAGCCAACAUGAAAUCUCUCUGGGCUGAGCUGAGUCGUCAUAUUUUGUUGUUGUUGUUGCUGUUGUUUUACUUCGUCUCUGAGACAAGUUCAAAGUCAUGUUUUUCAUCAAGACGAGAAAAUAUACUUUGGCUCCAUCGGCAUCUUUGCCUCACCACACCCAGAAUUUGCCUGUGCCCCAAAAGAAGCCCCGACAGCUGUUAAGCCUGAGCAUCCAGACCCUAAAGCAAAGAGAAAUGGGCCGGGAGGAAUGGAGUGACAGGGCGGGGCCCAUUUGCCUAGAGGUGCUUUGGGCUGGCUGGUCACAGAGGGUGACUCACUCCCCCAGAGAGGACGGGAGUGGCACCAGGGGACCAUUGGGUUGGGGAGGGGAGCCUUUGUGGAGAGAGCCUGUCCCUGCCUUAAGUGCCUGCUGGACCCCGGGAGUCUGGGCUGGGGCCUGGACACUGCUUCCUCCUUGACCCCUCAGGCCCUUGGAAGCCGAGAGAGACCCUCUUACAGAUCCCAGGCUCAUCCCCAGUGCAGCAGACACCAGGAAGGUGGCCAGAGCCUCACUGAGCCCACCCGACGGCUGCCCACCCACCCAAACUGGAGUCAUGGAUAAAUUCCGCAUGCUCUUCCAGCACUUCCAGUCAAGCUCAGAGUCAGUGAUGAAUGGCAUCUGCCUGCUGCUGGCUGUGGUCACCGUCAAGCUGUACUCCUCCUUUGACUUCAACUGUCCCUGCCUGGCGCGCUACAAUGCACUCUACGGCCUGGGUCUGCUGCUCGCGCCCCCGCUCACCCUGUUUCUCUGCGGCCUCCUCGCCAACCGGCAGUCUGUGGUGAUGGUCGAGGAGUGGCGCCGGCCCGCAGGGCACCGGAGGAAGGACCCAGGCAUCAUCAGGUACAUGUGCUCCUCUGUGCUGCAGAGGGCGCUGGCCGCCCCCCUGGUCUGGAUCCUGCUGGCCCUCCUUGAUGGGAAGUGCUUCGUGUGUGCCUUCAGCAACUCUGUGGACCCUGAGAAGUUUCUGGACUUUGCCAACAUGACCCCCAGCCAGGUACAGUUCUUCCUGGCCAAGGUUCCCUGCAAAGAGGAUGAGCUGGUCAGGAAUAGCCCUGCUCGGAAGGCAGUGUCUCGCUACCUGCGGUGCCUAUCACAGGCCAUCGGCUGGAGUGUCACCCUGCUGCUGAUCAUCGCGGCCUUUCUGGCCCGCUGCCUGAGGCCCUGCUUCGACCAGACAGGCUUCCUGCAGCGUAGAUACUGGAGCAACUACGUGGACCUGGAGCAGAAGCUCUUCGACGAGACCUGCUGUGAGCAUGCGCGGGAGUUCGCGCACCGCUGCGUGCUGCACUUCUUCGCCAGCAUGCAGAGUGAGCUGCAGGCACGGGGGCUGCACCGGGACAAUGCAGGCAGGAGCCCCGAGCCCCCCGCAGUGCCUGAGCCCCCAGAAGUCCUGGACAGUGGAAGCGGGAAGGCCCACCUGCGCGCAAUCUCCAGCCGGGAGCAGGUGGACCGCCUCCUGAGCACGUGGUACUCCUGCAAGCCCCCGCUGGACCUCGCUGCAUCCCCCGGGCUCUGUGGGGGUGGCCUUAGCCACCGCGCCCCUACCUUCGCACUGGGCACGAGGCUGUCCCAACACACCAACGUGUAGGGUCCUGGCCAGGCUUGAAGCGGCAGUGUUCGCAGGUGAAAUGCCGCUCUGACAAAGUCUGGAGGCUUUCCAGGCCAUGGGGACCCCACAGCAGGCUAACUCUUGUUAGCCUCCUUUUUCAAGUAGCCCAAUCUCUGCCUAGUUUCUGGGUGUGGCCUCCAGUGUGCUUCACAAACUUUAAUGUGGACUCGGUUCACCGAGGGCCUUGUUAAAUACAGGUGCAGACUCAGCGUAGCCAGGACCCAGUCUGAGAUUCAGCAUUUGGAACAAGCUCCCUGGUAAUACUGAUGUACUUUUGGUCAGUGGACCAAACUUUGAGUAGCAAAAAUCUAAAUAGAUCUGCCAUGGGUUCUGGGUUCUAGAAGUCAAUUCUAAAUAAUAAUAAUUACCUUA